AUGGCACUGAGGUCAUCUCGAUUGGUGACUAGGUGUCGUUGUGCAAAUUAUUCGUCCGCUUCUGGUAUUGGCGGCUGUUUUCGUUCGAACUUUAUGAAAAGAUCAGUGGAGGCCAGUGGAUCUGGAACGAAGACGCCAUUCCGACUGGUGAGCAUGGCGCAGUUGGCCGCCGAGCCGUUCAUGAAUGCCACUUCUUCUGUAUACAUCGAGGAAAUGUAUGCAGCCUGGUCAGAAGACCCGUCCAGUGUCCAUAAAAGUUGGAACUCGUUUUUCCGAAGUGUACAGGCAGGAAUGCAGCCAGGUCUUGCUUAUACUCCUCCUCCGACCCUCGUGCCUCAGUCUACCACUGCUGCCGCCGCUCAGCCUUCCAUGAUGCAGGUGGAUGAACAGUGCAUUAUCGACCAUCUGAACGUCCAACAGUUGAUCAAGCGUUAUCAGGCAAGAGGAAGAGGACACAACAACGCUGAUCUGGAUCCAUUAGGCAUUAAUCAGGCAUAUCUUGACGAUACUGUGCCGCUAGAACUGGAGCUGCAAACUUAUGGAUUUAGCGAAAAGGAUCUGGAUAGGCAUUUUAUACUUCCUGGCAGCACAUUCAUUGGUGGUGACAAAAGGUCAAUGACCUUGCGCGAGAUCCUCGCACGUUUGAAGGAUGCUUACUGUAAUCACAUUGGGAUCGAGUUUGUGCACAUUAGCAACCCGGAAAGGCACAACUGGAUUAAAGAGCGUUUCGAGACCCCUCAAAAAUUGGAGAUGUCGCCGGAGGAGAAGAAAGUUCUUUUUAAGCGUCUGAUUCGCUCGACAAAGUUCGAAGAAUUUCUGGCUAAGAAAUGGCCAGCCGAAAAGAGGUUCGGGCUGGAAGGCGUUGAGGUGUUGAUCCCGGCUUUGAAACAAAUCAUCGAUCGGUCGUCGGCGUUGGGAGUCGAGUGCUUCGUCCUCGGGAUGCCGCAUCGUGGACGCUUGAACAUCUUGGCAAACGUGUGCCGCCAGCCAUUGGAAGCGAUUUUCACGCAGUUCAGCACUCUCGAACCAGAGGAUGAAGGUAGUGGCGACGUUAAGUACCACCUGGGCGUGUGCAUCGACCGCUACAACCAGCAGUCACAGAAAAACAUCCGUAUUUCGGUGAUCGCCAACCCGUCACAUCUGGAGGCGGCUGACCCGGUAGUUCAGGGCAAGACCAGAGCCGAACAGUUCUAUCGCGGCGAUCAUCAAGGCGAUAAAGUGAUGAGCAUUCUGAUGCAUGGUGACGCGGCGUUUUGCGGCCAAGGCAUCGUCUACGAAACAUUUGACCUUUCCGGUUUACCAGCAUACACGUGUCAUGGCUCGAUUCACAUCGUUGUAAAUAAUCAGAUUGGAUUUACAACUGACCCUCGUUUCUCUCGGUCUAUGCCGUACUGCACCGACGUCGGUAAGGUGGUAAACGCACCAAUUUUCCACGUGAACGCUGACGAUCCCGAAGCGGUGACUGCUGUCUGCAACGCCGCUUCCGAGUACCGUCAAAAGUUCAAGAAGGACGUUGUUAUCGAUUUGGUGUGCUAUCGUAGACACGGUCACAAUGAACAGGACGAACCGAUGUUUACACAGCCGCUGAUGUACCAACGCAUUCGCCAGUUGCCCUCUGUCCUCACCAAGUAUACCGAAAAGCUGGUCAACGAAGGAGUCGCUACCGACGAAUACGUUCAGGGCGAAAUGCAAAGCUACGGCAAAAUCAUGGAAGAUGCGUACCAAAAGGCACAGAAGGAGCACUUCAUUCGUAACAGGGAUUGGUUGGACUCUCCGUGGGACAAAUCUGUCAUGGGCUCUCCAUACGUCUAG